AUGAGACUCUUUCCUGUCUGCAGGUCUCCAGAGAUGUGGCAUCAGAGCUUUGGACUUCCAGGAAAAAGCUACAUCAAUGUACCAGGAUCCUUUUUGUUGGGAAAGGAGUUCUACGUACCCCUGUGGUCACUGCCCCUCUGUAGUGCUGUGGUGGAUGUUGCUAUCCAGGAUUAUGUAGCUGACGCGGUUUCUGAACUGAUAUACCGUAACGAGAGUCUGAGAUCCUCAGAAGUCACCUUCGUCUUCCCCCUGGAACACCAUAUGGCCAUCUAUUCUUUCCAGGCCUGCAGUGAGGAUGCCAAGGUCAAGGCUGUGCUGCAGGAUGAGGUAACAGCAUUUGGGAAAGCAUGGGAGAACCAUGAGAGCAGCAUGGGAUGAGCAGCCCGUGGCCUGGUUAGCGAUCUGCUUUCUGUUCCUCUCCUUCCCAUCCAGACCCAGCGGCUGUACGAGGCUACAGGGGAGGAGGAGAAUUUUGAGUACCUUCAGUAUAAGGUUGAGAAAUCAGACGAGGUGUUUGCCUGCUUCCUGGGUUCCCUGUCCCCUGGCAAGGAAAUGGUUGUGACCUUAUGCUAUGCCCAAGAGCUAUCACGGAAGCCAGAUGGAGCAGCCCAGUUUGUGCUGCCAUCCACACUGCAUCCUUACAAGAUUCUCUACACCUGUAAUUGUCGCCCUGGCAAGCUGCACUACAGCCUCCUGCUAACUGCCAGCCUGCAGUCACCCCGUGGUGUGGCUGAUGUUCAAGCCAACUGUGCCCUCACUCCUUUGAUCUACACUGCCCAGGACCAUAGUGCUGCACAGGUCUCACUGGCUGGCACUCCCCCAGAUCAUCAUUUGGAGCUGCUGGUGUACUACAGAGAACCCACUGCAGUCAGUGUCGUGGUGGAGAAAGGAGACCCUGUGGCCACUGCAGGCUCUCUGUUUGGUAAUUCCCUAGUGUUGGUGACACUGGCACCCAGAAUCCCUGAUGCAAAACCUGGGCAGUACAAGUCUGGAGAGUUCAUCUUUGUUCUGGACAACACCACCCUUGAGCACACAAAGGACCCCUUGCUCUUCCUUCUCAAAAGCCUACCCCUGGGCUGCUACUUCAACAUCUACUGCUAUGGAGCAACACCUGUGGGCAUCUAUCCGCAGAGUGUUGAAUAUACCCAAGACAACCUGAAUGAGGCAAUUCAACUCAUUUCCACAACUGGCUCAAGGCUGGGCGAAGACCUGCUGGGAACCCUCCGCACAAUCUACAAUACUCCCCGCCCCUGCAGACAUGCACGCCAGCUCUUCAUCUUCAUGUCUGGACUACCACCUAACAAGGAAGCCAUUGCUGCUGAGGUGUGCCGUCAUCGCAACAGCCACCGGUGUUUCUCCUUCUGUUUUUCCACGGACAGUGCUUCCCUGGCCACAGCCCUGGCCAGGGAGACGGAGGGUGAAGCUAUCUAUGUCUCUUCCGACAAUGCGGUAGUUCAGGUGCUGAAAUGCUUGAAGCAGGCCCUCAAGCCAGUAGCUGAGGGAGUCUCCCUGGAGUGGACUUUGCCCUCUGGCCUGGAGGUCGAGGUGCUGGGAGGCACCCCUCAGUUCAUCUUUCAGGGUCAGCACAUCUUCCUCUAUGCACAGAUCCACGGAAAGGAACAGGAUAUGAAGGAGGCCAGUGGUGUCAUGACUUUGCAGUUCAACCUGGAUGGCCAGGAUGUCACUCACAAGAUCCAGUUCCCACUAUGCUCACAUGGAGAUGGCCGGAUGGCUGGUCAUCAUCUGGCUGCAAGAAACUUGCUGGAGAAGCUGUUGCUAGAGGUUGCAAGAGGGUCAGGGGAUGAACCAAUGCAGCGUGCCAUUGAAAUCAGUCUCACAUCUGGGAUCAUCUGCCCCUUCACCAGCUAUGUGGUCGUUCGUACAUCACGGAGGGCCCACUGGUACUGUGGGCCCCUAGCACUGCUGCCACCUCGCCAGUCAUUUGUUCCCUGCAAGAUCCUUAUGCUACGUGGCUCCUUGACCAGCACUUCCUGCUUUCCUAAGACCAUAUGGAACCCACCUAGCUGGUACACUGCAGUGCAGGAUGCCAUCAAGCGUCUCACCAAUGACAUUGCUAACUUACUCCAGCAUGGGGCCCACAAGGAAGCACCUAAACAGCCACAACCAUCGACUUCCUCUCUCAAGUAUGUGGAUUCAACAACAUUUGUUUUGUGCUCUCCAAUUUUUGGGCCAUGGAUGAGUGAAACCAUAGCUGAGUGCAGAGAGCUGGUGGCACUGCAGAAUGUAGAUGACUCCUGGACCCUCACCUCAGGUUUAGCUUCUGUGCUACAGGUCGAUGAGGCUGAAAUCAAGGGAAAGAUGCCUGGUGAGGUCAUGGAUCCUAAUUUCUGGGCAACAGUGAUGGCUGUGACCUGGCUGCAGAGACACAACAGGUGUUACCAUGAGCUAUGUGACUUGCUGGAGGCAAAGGCUGUAACCUGGCUGUGCAGUCAAGCUGUGUCUCAGCUGGACAAGUGCCUGGAAGCAAGUAACACCCUCCUUGGGAGCAGUGUGAAUCCAAGUGUCUUUAGGCUAUGAGCUCAACAUCAGCAUGUAGAACAUCAGCUCCUGGGAAACAAAAUAGGAACACAAAGCAUAGCUUGAAAUUACCUACCAUGCUGUAACCCCACUGCUGCUACCAACAAGGAUUUUACACAAUAAGAUGAAUUCUCAUUACUUGUGAGAUAUCUUCUACUAGCUGGGCUGCAUUCACACAACAGAAAGAUUUGGCAAAAUGGUCUACUGGCCUGCUCACAGAUGGCUUUUCUCUUGACACAGAAGUGCCACACACAUUAGAAAAGCUGAAUGUUUAGAGGUGUCAACAAAAGGCAUAGUAACCAUAGCUCUCACUGAGAAUGUACUGUACCACAUUUCCUGCCCUCCAUGUUGGCAAGUCUCUGGUUCAUCUUCCAAUAAACAGCGAAUUUUCUGCAAGCUGCAAGAUGUGACAAAGCCUUGAUUCUUAGUUGUAGCAGCACUCUGCCCAGCAGAUAGAUGGCUGAUGGCUGACUUAUCCUAGCUAUAGCAGGAAAGUCACUGGGUUGUUAAUGAUCUACCUUUAUAGCUUUAACGUUUUCACUCCAUUGCACUAUGUAACUCCCAAAAUAAACACUGUUCUUCCUUUAA